GCUUUUCUCUGUGAUGUGUCGCGGAGUCGCCGGUAGGGUUCGGUGUGGCGCGGGGGACCUGCUUCGCUCUUUGUGAGAACAAGGGAGUGAGGGAGAAAGGAGGCCAAGGAGGAGGCCAGGACUGAGCAAGGACUAAAGUAAGACUGAAGGGGGAGGUGAGGGGUGGACUGGUUGGUGGCAGCAGCCUGUACCGGAAGCGGCGGCGGCAGCCGAGGCGACGCACCGUGAGGCAGCUGCUUGACUAGGCCGCAGCCGCCAUGGCGAUGAACUUUGGGGACCAUGCCAGCGGGUUCCGCCACAAUGAUGUGAUCAGGUUCAUCAACAAUGAAGUCCUCAGGUACGGCGGCGGCCCAGCCUUUUACACGGCCUUCUGCUCGCGGCCAUGGAACGAGGUAGAGGACCGGCUUCGGGCCAUUGUGGCCGACCCGCGGGUGCCCCGCGCCAUUAAGAGGGCCUGUACCUGGAGCGCUUUGGCUUUGAAUGUGCGAGUGGCCGCGAGGCAGCGGGAGCAGCUUCUGUACCAGGUUCGGCGGCUGCAAGGGCAUGUGGAGGAGUGCCAGGUGACCUCCUGGGCUCUAACCUCCCAGCUGCAGCAGCUGCGCCUGGAGAAUGAGGAGGCGGCAACACAGCUGCACCUCACGCAGGCCGCCCUGCAGCAGGCGCUGAAUGAGCGUGAUGGGUUAUGCGGGAGGCUGCGCGAAGUUGAGAGAUCCAUGCAGGUCUAUCCGAUGCCUCAGGAUUUUGUACCUGGUCCAGAAGCCGGCCAGUAUGGGCCUGUGGCCGGGACUUUAAAUGCAGAACAGAGUGAGGCGGUGGCCACAGAGGCACAGGGAAUGCCACAUUCAGAAGCCCAGGUAGCAGCCCCAACAGCUGUGUAUUACAUGCCUGAACCCCAGAGUGGCAGUGUCGAGGGCAUGCAACCCCUUCUGCUAAUGCAGGCGCCUCAUCCAGUCCCAUUCCAUAUGCCUUCACCAGUGGGACUGCCAUACUCAACACCUCUACCACCCCCGGUAGUAAUGGAAUCAGCAGCAGCAAUUGCACCACAGAUGCCUCCUGCAGGGAUCUAUCCACCUGGUCUUUGGGCCACAGUGGGGUCCCAGGAGGAGACGGCCCCUCUGUGGGACCAGAAGUGCCAUGGCCAGGAUGGAUAUCCUGAGAAUUUCCAGGGAGUAUAUCACCCAGGGGAUAACAGAAGCUGCAACCAAAAGGAAGGUUCUGAGUGUCCCCAAGGAAUGACCUCCCAAGGGGACAGCAGCAGCCACAGCCUGAAGAAAGAUCCAGUGAUGCAACAGGGCACAGCUCCCCCAGAGUUUAGCCGGAGCCACAGCCUGAAGCAAAAACCAGUGAUGCCCAAGGAGAUGGUCCCCCUAGGGGACAGCAACAGCCACAGCCUGAAGAAAGAUCCAGUUGUGCCCAAGGAGAUGAUCCCCCUGGGGGACAGCAACAGCCACAGCAUGAAGAAAGAUCCAAUGAUGCCCCAGAAGAUGGUCCCCCUGGAGGACAGCAGCAGCCACCACCUGAAGAAAGAUCCAGUGAUGCCCCAGAAGAUGGUCCCCCUGGAGGACAGCAGCAGCCACCACCUGAAGAAAGAUCCAGUGAUGCCCCAGAAGAUGGUCCCCCUGGAGGACAGCAACAGCCACAGUCUGAAGAAAGAUCCAAUGAUGUGCCAGGAGAUGGUCCCCCUGGGGGAUAGCAACAGCUGUAGCCUGAAGAAAGAUCCAGUGGUGCCCCAGGGCACAGCUCCCCUGACAUUUAGCAGGAGGCACAGCCUGAAGAAAGAUCCAGUUGUGCCCAAGGAGAUGGUCCCCCUGGGGGACAGCAAGAGUCACAAGAUGAAGAAAGAUCCAGUGAUGCCCCAGAAGAUGGUCCCCCUGGGGGACAGCAGAAACCACAGCCUGAAGAAAGAUCCAGUGGUGCCCCAGGGGAUAGCCUCCCUGGAGUUUAGCAGGAGCCACAGCCUGAAGAAAGAGUUAGUGAUGCCCAAGGAGAUGGUCCCCCUGGGGGACAGCAACAGCCACAGCAUGAAAGAUCCAGUGAUGCCCAAGGAGAUGGUCCCCCUAGGGGACAGCAACAGUCACAGCCUGAAGAAACAUCCAGUGGUGCACCAGGAGAUGGUCCCCCUGGGGGACAGCAACAGCCACAGCCUGAAGAAACAUCCAGUGAUUCCCCAGGGCACAGCUUCACUGAGGUUCAGCAAGAGCCACAGCCAGAAGGAAGAUCAGGAGAGGCCCCAGGCAACCCCUCUGGAGGAUAGCAAGAGCCAUGGUGUGAAAAAUAGCCCAUGGAAACACCAGCCUCAGGGGCAGAAGGUCAAGCAACGAAAAAGGAAAAAGGCCUCAGAAUCCCAGCAACAGAAGCCUGCGUCAUGCUCCAUCCCAGUGAAUUGGGCCUGCCCAUGGUGUAAUGCCAUGAAUUUUCCACGGCACAAGGUGUGCUAUAAAUGCAAGAGAGUCCAUAUGCCAGUUGAGAAUGGCAGUGUUGACCCAGCGUAAACUCAUUGAUUUCAAGAAGUUUUACAGGUGAAGUCCUGUUUUUGUGUCUUAGCUCCACCAAACUUGCUUGUUUCUGAAGAAGCUGAACCUGUGACAUUAGAAGAUCUGCCAAAGCCACAAGAAGUAACACCUCCAUUCUGAUGGACCCACACCUCACUGAGACCCCAGCUGGCUGCAGCCAAGAAGAGUGAAAGGAAGUCAGGGAAGAAGAGAUCAUUUGACAUUCAUUAGGGGGAAAAGGAAGAACAAAAUUGUUUUUGUAGAGUUGAAUUUUUUCAUUGGUAUGGGAAUUAACUUAGAAAAGUUUGGGGAGUUGUAGUGUUAAAUUCUAUAGAUGAUAGCAACUUUGAUGAAUUUCACUUAAUUCAUUAAGUGAGAAGUUUAGGGAAAGAGUUUAGGGGGUUGUAGUGUUAAAUUCUAUAGAUGAUAGCAACUUUAAUUAAUUUCAUUUAAUUCAUUAAAGAAAUAGUUAUUGCCUAGUAUGUUUUGGGAGCUAGACUUGUAUGUUAUUAUCUAGUACACACAGCAUAAUCUUUUAUUGUGAGUUUGGUUAGAAGAUAGGAAAGAGCAUAAUUUGGCAUACACAUUAGAUCAGGGAUGUCUUCUUUGCCUUGCAUACAGUGUGACCUUGGAUAAAACCAAUUGAAGUAACAUCCAGAUCCAUUUCUGUGGUUCUGGGGCCAAUGCGAAAGAGACUUUCAUGAAAGUUUUUUUGUUUUGUUUUCGUUUUUUAUUUUUUUGAGAAAUGAGGUCUCAUUUUGUCGCCCAGGCUGGAGUGCAGUGGCAUGAUCAUCAUAGCUCACUGCAGCCUCAAACUCCUGGGCUCAAGUGAUCCUCUGCCUCAGCCUCCUGAGUGGCUGUGAGCCACCAUGCCCAGCCCUUAUGAAAGGUCUUGAGUAACCGAACUGCUGUCUCAUUGGUCUCAGGUGAGAUAAAUGAGCAGUGACAAAGUUUGGGAAAGUGUCCUCACAGAAAUGCAGGCAGAGCUUUUCUGACUUCCUCUGCUGAUUUCCUCCUUUGAGAAGGAUAGCUAUUUUCCUGGUUGCCCACCAGCCUGCCUGAAAGACCUCGGGUGUCUCGAAGAAAAACAGUGCUUUGGGGAGUGUUCACUACACACGCUAGCUUUCAGCCUCAGGCUGCCCCCAUCCCAAGUCCCUUUUCAGUCAGCAGUGGAUGAAGAACAAAAUGGAUUCCAAGGACAAACAUUGGGGGCACCAGGUUAUGGAUGGUGUUUCUCUUGGGAGGAUAAAUUGGGUUAAAAAUAGAGCUAGACUGGGGCAAGCACUCUUGGGAAUACCCCAGGACCCCCAUCUCUCCCUCUUUGGUGUGUUCUCUGCAGGCUUACCCAAGGCAACUGCUGCAAGGCAAGGAAGGAGCCAGGGUGGAGCCCGGGGUGGUUGGUUAGAUCUGCCUUCAGUCCAAGCUAAAGACGUCCUUGAGUUUCCCAAUGAGAUCCCACCCAGCUCACCAAAAUCAAUGUUUGUCAGGGAUUUUCUGGGCCUAACUAGUAAUAAAGAAUGCAUUUGAC